ACACAAAAAAAUGGCAGAAAGCUCUCGUUUUAAGAUAGAGAAGCUGAACGGCGAAAAUACGAAGUAUGAUGCUAUAAAUUAGAAUUACUUCUCAUAAAAGAUAAAGCGUGGAACGUAAUAAGGGACCAUGCACCAUCUCCAGUAACAAGUGAUUGGACAGAACGCGACGAUCAAGCCCGUGCAACAAUUGGACUCCUAGUCGAAGACAGCCGACUGCACCACGUCAGGGGCGCUACGACAGCGCGUGCAGCUUGGGAUUCGUUAAAGGAUUAUCACCAAAAGGCAAUGCUAUCCAGUAAAAUUUUUCUAUUAAAAAGAAUUUGUAGAUUAACAUUAGCGGAAGGUGGUCAUAUGGAGGACCGCAUCACUGAAAUGUAAAAUUUGUUUAAUAAGCUGGCUGCAUUAGGAGAAACACUAAAAGAUGACCUAAUAGCUGCUAUGCUUCUCGGUAGCUUACCAGACUCGUACAGUGCGUUGAUUACAGGCCUGGAGAGCAGAUCGGAAAAUGAACUCACACUACAGUUGGUAAAAAGUAAACUCAUAGAUGAAUAUAAGAGGCAAAAGCAGACAGAUACAGAUAAAAAUCAAAAUGAAUCGGCAAUGAAGAUUGACAGCGGGCAGCACAAAAAGAAAACCCGUUUUUUCUGUAAAAGGGAUGGACACUAUAAGAAAGAAUGCAGAAAAUAUGAAGCCUGGAAAGAAAAAAAUGAAAAAGCGAAACAAGUCGAUGAAGAUGAAUCAUGUUUUCUGAUGACUACACCCGAGAAUCUGAAAAAAAAUGAGGAAUCAUGUUUUGAGGCGAGAGGAAGUCAAAAGAAAAAUAAUACUUGGUUCGUUGAUUUAGGCGCAACUAGUCAUAUGGCAAGUUACAAAGAAUGUUUCACUGAGUUUAAUCCAGGAAGAAAAGGUCAUGUGCGCCAGGUUGAUGAACAACAGUUAUGCGAAAUAAAGGGUAUUGGAACAAGUAUCAUAAGAUGCAAAACCGAUGACGGUAACACAUCAAAUAUGGAAAUAUAAAACGUUUUAUACGUACCAGAACUAACAGCAAGUUUAUUGUCAGUUAAAGAGUUAGCAGCUGAGGUAUAUAAAUUACUGUUCGAAGAUACCGACUGCAACAUA